ACACCACUGAUGUAGAAUACGCAAAUCUGCGACGCCCUUGGUCGAGCAGCUGUGAUUUAUUGUGAUGGGCCUGGAGGUAAUGUGAGUGAGUGUGCUCGACUCUAUACAAGUAGUUUAUUGGUGUUGUCUUCAAAUGUCCGUUAUUCGAGUUGAAACGGAUUGGGAUGAGGCAAGAAGCCCAUGACAACAUGAGUCCUCCAGCUGUGCCUGUGGUCCACUGUUGUUGUCACAGGAACAUCUGGUUACACUCAACUGCUGCAGGAGGCUGCCAGCCUACCACCUCUGUGUUCCUUCAACCUACCACCUCUCUGUGUUCCUUCAGCACGUAUUGAUCUGAUCUGCUCCUGGGCGAUGUUGAGGAGAGGGCAGCACCAUGAAUAGAUACACCACGCUCAGGCAACUCGGGGAUGGCACCUACGGCUCAGUCAUCCUCGGCCGCAGCCUGGAAUCAGGAGAACUGGUCGCAAUUAAGAAAAUGAAGAGAAAAUUCUACUCAUGGGAGGAAUGCAUGAAUCUUCGUGAGGUCAUAUCCUUGAAGAAACUCAACCACGCGAAUGUGGUCAAACUCAAGGAGGUUAUACGGGAAAAUGACCACUUGUACUUUGUCUUUGAAUACAUGAAGGAGAACUUGUAUCAACUAAUGAAAGACAGGUCUCGGCUGUUCCCUGAAUCUGCCGUGCGAAAUAUUAUGUUCCAGAUACUGCAGGGAUUAGCUUUUAUUCAUAAGCAUGGAUUCUUUCACAGGGAUAUGAAACCUGAGAAUCUUCUGUGCAUGGGACCAGAGCUUGUGAAAAUAGCUGACUUUGGGCUUGCCCGUGAGAUAAGAUCUCGGCCGCCAUACACAGAUUAUGUUUCAACGAGAUGGUACAGAGCUCCAGAGGUGUUGCUGAGGUCCACCUCGUACAGCUCUCCCAUAGACCAGUGGGCUGUGGGCUGCAUCAUGGCAGAGCUUUACACCCUCAGGCCUCUGUUCCCUGGCUCCAGUGAAGUGGACACCAUCUUCAAAAUCUGCCAAGUCCUGGGAACUCCAAUGAAGAAUGACUGGCUGGAGGGCUUCCAGUUGUCAGCAGCCAUGAAUUUCCGCUGGCCCCAGUGUGUCCCCAGUAAUCUGAGCAGUCUGAUCCCCAACGCCAGUACUGAGGCCAUCCAACUGAUGAGAGACCUACUCCAGUGGGACCCUAAGAAGAGGCCAGCCUCUGCCCAUGCCCUCAGGUACUCUUACUUCUACGUGGGUCAGGCGUUGGGCACUCCUCAGCAGAUCCUGGAGCAGGGCAGGCCUCAGCCAGGUCCCCUACCUCCACAGCCACCACAACCAUUACAGCAGCCCCUGCAGCAGCUACAACCACUGCUGCUGCUCAAGCCAGUGCCCCCUCCCCAGCCAGCGCCCCCAAAUCAGCAUUUCACCUCGUCCAGGCCCCUGCAACAGAUCCAUCCAGCCCCAGUCUCAGCCCCCACCCCAGUUCCAUCGUACCAGAGGCACUCAAAGCUGUUGCGAGAGCAGCCCAACCGCAUGGUGAAGCAGGAGGAGACUGAGAUGGUCCCACAGACCCGCUUAACUUACGUUGUUGACAAGAGCUUGCAGAGCCAGUUGACCCAGGAGGCUGAGAAUGCCAACUUCUUAAGCUAUCAGACGAAACCUAAGGGUGGAGGACGCCGGCGAUGGGGCCAUGGCACAGGCCUCCUAAAGGGUGACGAGUGGGAUGACUUUGAGGACACUGAGCUGACCUCACUAAGUUUUCUGGGCAAAACAAACUUUCCUACAGAAAAACGAAGAGAGGAGACGUUGAGCAGGUACGGAAAUGUUUUGGAUUUUAGCAGCCCCAAAGUUAAGGGGCAGGUGACGACAGGUGAGGAUGCACCUUUGAAUCUGAACAAGGCCAUGUCCUACCAGGAGCCUUCAAGGACAGCCUCUGCCAAACAGUAUUACUUGAAGCAGUCAAGAUAUCUACCAGGUUUAAGUACUAAAAAGAAUAUGGCAAUAAAUUCCAACUACAGUGAAAGCAACCUCUGGGGCAGCAAAAUUCCUGUUGGAGGAACACUUCCUAACCGAGGCACUCAUGGUUCAAAUACUCUUCCAAGCGGAUAUGUACCGAACUAUUACAAAAAAGAGGUUGGUUCUGCCGGCCAAAGAGUGCAACUCGCACCUAUAGGGGACUCGACAGCAUCAAGUGAGUGAUCUAUAGGGGACUCAACAGCAUCAAGUGAGUGAUCUAUAGGGGACUGGACAGCAUCAAGUGAGGGACCUAUAGGGGACUGGACAGCAUCAAGUGAGGGACCUAUAGGGGACUGGACAGCAUCAAGUGAGGGACCGGACAGCAUCAAGUGAGGGACCUAUAGGGGACCGGACAGCAUCAAGUGAGGGACCUAUAGGGGACCGGACAGCAUCAAGUGAGGGAUCUUUAUAGUCUCGAUGCACAGUUGUCAAUCCAGGCUAGGUGCUGUGUAGUAACGUAAUUCUAUUGUAAGGUGAUAAUGUGGCUUGUCUCUGCUGUCACAGAUUAUGCAACCUGGAGGUCGUCUAGCAGAAGUCAGAUGGGUGCCUCGUCCUAUGUGCCGUCGCCCACCAAGACUACGCCUGGCCUACGGUCUCGCCCCCCAGCACAGGCCAUCCAUGGGCGCACAGACUGGUCUGCCAAAUAUGGACACCGCUAGUGGCCUCUUUGGGACACUUGUGUUAUUUCAGUACUUCAGAUUUGUCUUUUCCCUAUAAAAGGAAAAAUGUAUGUUUUCAUAUCAAAGUAUGUACAUGUUAUACAGCAAUAACCUUGGUUUUGUAUUAAUCUGUGUCUAUUGUUCAAUGUACAACUUUUUCAGUGUGUGUGUGUAUUAUAUGGAUAAAUGACCUCUGCAAAAUGUUGGUGUCGUCACAUUUUGUUCAGUGACAAAUUCCAUACCAUUUUUUUUGUUUAUUGCAUAGCAUAACUUUCUCAACCCCUUCUUAAAAUGUUUGUUCCAUAGAUUUUGUAAAACGGCCCCAUGACGUCCCCACGAUCCAGUCUAUAUGCAUUUUAUAUUGCAAAUAUCACUGUGAUAUUUUGGCCAACACUGUUUUUCUGUUGCCAAUUUGUCUUUUUUUUUACAUGUUUUUCUUGGUGCUUUCUUUCAUGAGACAUUCUGGAAUACAGGAAACACUU